GGGUGCCUGGGAAUUCUCCGGCGCGAGCUUCGUGUGCGAAAACAAGGACAGUCACGAGCGGUCACGGGUGUCUUUUCUCCUCCAGUGUUCAAGUUAGCGAACCAACACAACAGCACGGUUUAUCUCAGCAGGCUGAAUUACUGGCCGAAAUGAAGGAGCAGGCCGUUUUCUUCCUCUUGCUGCAACUUUUUGCAGGUCGACUCUUGCCCGGGGUGAACGGUGAUCUGUGUGAGGUGAAUGUUUGCUCGAACGGUGGAACCUGCGUGACAAGCGGAGGAGCUCCGUUCAUUUGCAUCUGCCCCGACGGCUUCACUGGAGAAACGUGCAACGAGAUCGAGACGGGUCCUUGUAAGCCCAACCCGUGCAAGAACGACGGCAUAUGCGCGGCGACGGGCCACUCCCGCCGCGGCGACGUCUUCAGCGAAUACGUCUGCAAGUGUCAGCCGGGAUUUGAGGGCGUCCACUGUCAAAACGGUGUCGACCGGGCAGAUUUGAGCUCAAGAACAGAUGUAAACGACUGCGCCCGACAGCCAUGUCAGAACGGAGGCAGCUGCCGGGACCUGGAGGGGGAUUUCAAAUGCCACUGCCCUUCCCCUUACGUGGGCAAACACUGUCAGCUGCGCUGCAUUUCUCUGCUGGGCAUGGAGGGCGGCGGCGUGGCCGAGUCCCAGAUCUCCGCCUCGUCCGUCCGCUACACCUUCCUGGGCCUGCAGCGCUGGGGCCCCGAGCUGGCGCGCCUCAAUAUGAAAGGCCUGGUCAACGCCUGGAGCCCCGCCCCCCACGACAGGAAUCCGUGGCUGCAGGUGAAUCUGCAGAGGAAGAUGCGCCUCACCGGCAUCGUGACGCAGGGCGCCAGCCGCGUCGGCACGGCGGAGUUCGUCAAGGCCUUCAAAGUGGCCUCCAGCCUGGACGGCAAAACGUACACCGUGUACAGGACCGAGGACCAGAGCAAGGACCAAAUCUUUUCGGCGAACCUCGACAACGACGGCACAAAGACCAACGUGUUUGACCCGCCGGUGGUUGCUCAGUACGUGCGCAUCAUCCCGGUGGUGUGUCGAAAGGCCUGCACCCUGCGCCUGGAGCUGGUGGGCUGCGAGCUCAACGUGUACUCAAACGCUUUAGGUUGCUCGGAGCCCAUGGGCAUGAAGUCCCGGCUGGUGUCGGACCAGCAGAUCACGGCUUCCAGCACUUUCCGCACGUGGGGCAUCGAGGCGUUCACCUGGUACCCUCACUACGCCCGGCUGGACAAACAGGGCAAGACCAACGCCUGGACCGCCGCCACCAACAGCAAAUCGGAGUGGUUGCAGGUGGACCUGCAAUCUCCCAAAAAGCUCACCGGAAUCAUCACACAGGGAGCCAAAGAUUUCGGCGCCGUCCAGUUUGUCUCGGCCUUCAAACUGGCUCACAGUGAUGACGGACAGUCCUGGAGCAUCGUGAAGGACGAGAGCACCGAGAACGACAAGAUCUUCCCCGGCAACAGCGACAACAACGUCCACAAAAAGAACCUGUUUGAGCCGCCGCUCUUCGCCCGCUUCGUGCGCAUCUUGCCGUGGGAGUGGCACGAGCGCAUCACCCUUCGGAUGGAGCUCCUGGGCUGUGAUGAGUAGCGGUGAUCCGGUGAUCCGGGACCCUCUGACCCUCCCUCCUUCCUCCUCCUUCCCUUUCCCCAACCCUUGUCGUGCCUGCACUGCCCAGUCCUUGACUCUAGAGGGCAGCAAAUACCGUCAUUGGUUCGAGAGAGGUCAAGCCUGGAGACCUCACGGCGGGUGUCUGGUCCCUCUGAAUUUUAACCACUUCAGCCCCCCGUGCUGGGGGUCCCGCUGCAGGAUCAAUGUUGUGCUGCCUGCAAAACCUCCCGAGACCCUUGCCAGCUGGGGAUGCCUCUAAACUCUCCACUGGUGGUCUUGAAGGUUUCCCGGGCGACUCGUUUGUUCAAGCACAUCACGACUGUCUCAUUUUUCUCUCGAGGUGGCAGAGUAUUGCUGCGGUUUAUCAAGCGGCAGACAGAGUAAAUCACAAAGGCACCCAAGUCGCUGGCCAAACGGAGCGGAACAUACAAAAGAAUUGCUUUGCAGUCUAUGCGUGAGUCAAAUGGUCACUUUGGUCAUUGAAAUUAAUCAGGUUGCCGUGCCCCCUCUUUUUCACUCAUUUUGUUGUUAUAAUAAUUUUUUUUCUUGAAAGCACCACCCAACUACUCCAUGUUGACGGGGAAGAUUAAAACGCUGGCAGCGUAUGCUAGCAAACCACUAUCAAAUGCUACUGACAUUUCAUGACUUAACAAUUACUUGUUGGGGCGAACCACAUUCACGUUUAUGGCACUUUUAAUAUUUGUGUUUGCAUGUCGGGGGGAAAAAAAUGUGGACAAGAACAAUGCAGGGAUGAACAAAGAAAUUCAAGAGACUCCCUGUGAGCAAAUCAAAGCUUUUUUUUUUUUCCCUCCUCUGUACAUGUGACACAUGCCAUCUUUUCUGACACCCCCCCUGCCCCCCCCCAUAAAUUAUGAAUUAUGGGCUCGUGCAAUGCUAUUGUGUCGUGCUGGUUCCGAUAACGAUGCGUAUUAAUGGGGAGGUGUGAAAAAUGCAUGAGGGGGAAGGUCGCCAAACACUGAACAACAUGGCAGACUAAUGAUGCUUCAAUUUGACCACACAUUUGUGUAAAUAUCGCGUUUCCCUGUUACGGUUUUUGUAUGGUUGAUUAAAAUAUGAUGUUGAUGUAUUUUUAUGGUGUUUUUUUUUGGUGUGCUUUCCUGUUGUACUGGACUGCAUCAGUUGAAUUCCCGCGUUUGAGAUUCAUUCCAUGUUUGGCCUUUGUAUCUUUAGAACAGACAACAAUAAAUGUUCAAAUGUACUCCA